AUGAUCAACGCAGCUGCUACGAUCUACUUCACCCUCGUCAGCCGUGCAACAGCCGACGAUCAUGAUGGAGACAAUAGCUGCUACGAUCGCUGCAUCAUUGACGUCAAGGAGAGCGACCAAGCUACUGACGGUCCAGGACGGAGAAGCAUCAAUUGCGGCAUUCCAAAGAAGUCUCAUUGUGGUCUCGUCAUGGAAGAUGUGCUGGGAUCAAUCGGCUCUUACUACCGUCAGCCGGAGUAUGAGCAGGUCGACAUUCCACCACUGCAGACAGCCGGAACGUGGCAUUCGUCGGGGCGCAAUUACGAGUGCGGGACACACAUCACUAAUGCAAACCCCAAUGCAGCGCUCGGCGUCAACUAUUUCGAUUUGAUGGUGGAUGUUUCAGAAAUUCUCGCCAGCGCGACGUACAUCACUACUACCAGCAUGAACGGGGGUCAGGGGUAUAGCGGUCACACUCCCGAGGUCCGCGGCUGCUGAGCGUACGGGAUCAUUGGGACACCAACAAAGCUCAAACACAACUCCUUCAUCGAUGCGUGCACUCUCAUGACCGCUUGAUUUCGAUGAAUUGCCCAUAGCAUGCCAAGGGACGAAAUAGAUCGAUGGCUGGAUCUCCCACCAUAAGGAAGCAAACCCCUCAAGCACUCGUUUCACCCAUGUUCUGGCUUCAACGCCGACAGAUAAAUUACAACUCUAUAUGACAUUCUGAACUU